CUGAAAGAUGGACUCGUGACAGGAGGAGCAGGGGUGCCGGCGCUCGGCGGCGGCGGCGGCGCGCCAAAGCUCGGUAAGUUUUCUUCUAGCUCGGCUCGACAUGGCGGCGGUCCUGGGCCGGCGAUUAAGCUCCGCCAGAGUCGUGGCCGGUCGAUCAAGCUUGAGGCGAUCGUUCGUGGGCGCUAGCGAGGUCGCCUACAACUGGGAGGAUUUCCCCGAGGAUGGAGUGCUGGACGAGAAUGUGGGCUGCAAGAGCUGGCCCGGGAUGCAGUGGGUCUUUCUGGGAUGCCCCGGCGUUGGCAAAGGAACCUACGCGAGCCGGCUCGCGCUGGGUUUGCGCGUUCCUCACAUCGCAAUGGGCGAUCUCGUGAGGCAGGAGUUGAAACGAGACUCUCCUUUGUCUAAAGAGCUCAAGGAUUUAGUGAGCCGAGGGAAGCUGCUUCCGGACGAACUCGUUCUCGGCCUCUUGACCAAGAGGCUGGAAGAAGCGUCCGCAAAUCAGGACGUUGGAUUCAUCUUGGAUGGAUUUCCUCGCACUGCCAGUCAAGCCAAAACGCUGGACUCGAUCGCGAGCAUAACUCUGGUCGUCAACCUGCGACUGCGGGAGGACGUCCUGGUUGCAAAGUGCCUGGGGCGGAGGAUUUGCAGCCAGUGUCACGGCAACUUCAAUGUCGCCAACGUGGACGUCCCAGAAACCGAGACUCUCCCCCGGAUCUUCAUGCCGGCCAUCUUGCCACCCCCGCGGUGCCUCAAGAAGAUGACCAUGAGAAGCGACGACACGGAAGAAGUGAUCAGGGAAAGGGUCCGGAUCUACUCCCUGGAGUCGAGACCCGUGGAGGACUACUAUAGAGCACAGGGGAAGCUGCUUGACUUUGAGAUCCUUGGCGGGAUCCCGGAGACUUGGCCUCGCCUUUUGAGCGCGCUCAAUCUCCAGGGCAAGAUCGCCAACACGUCCCUUGUCUCCGCCGAGAAACAAAAGAUCGCCGCGUAGCCUUGUCCAUUAUUUAUUGUGUUGGUCGUGUGCGAGAAAGAACUGUGGAUAUAGAUUGUAUAGUUUUGUAAUAAUAUGUUGCAAAAUUUUGGAA